AUGUUAUCUCAUUACUCUAAAUUAAGUAUCAUAACCUUCGUGGUCUUUCUCCGCCUUGUUAUGAUCACCAAUGCUUACUUGCCUUACACUGAGACUCAUCCAAUGAAAUUUGACACACAAUUCUCCAUUUCCCUUACUAGCUCAAACACUAUACUAAAGCCAGGUCCAAUUACUAGAUAUUCUGAUGCAUACGAAAAGGCAAUUGCUUUCUUUAGAAAUCAGUAUGGUCUCGAUAUUGCUGGAAAUGGCACUCGUUUGCCAUCUGGUUGUGGGCUAUUUACAGGAACCAAUUCUGAAUAUGUUGUCAAUUAUGCCAAAGUUCGUGGUUUUCAAAUUGUGGCUGGUAGUCAGGAUGUUGGAGUCCAUGAGGAUUCGUUCAGAAUUGUGGUAAGUGGGCCGAUUGUUUCGAAUGGAAAUUAUGGAAAGAAUGGCGCCUUAAUUGAUUCAAAUUCAGUUUUACAUUUUGGAUUUUAUACCUUCUUUUGGAGAAGUAAUGGAACAGUUCUAUUUCCAAGAGUAAUUUACUCUGGAAUGAUGCCAAUCAAGGUCAAUUCUAAUUCUUCCAUGAUUAAUUUCCAAUUGACGUCCAGUUUAUUUGGUCAAGGAUAUGCUCGUGGUUCUAUUUUACAAAGAACUAAUCCACAAAAUGGAAAAUUGUUUACAACCAUUAUCAGUUCUCAUUCCUACCAAAUGUCAAUCACUGAUUUCUCUCCAAAAUGUUCAGUAAUUACCUCUGAAAAGGAUAUCUUCAAUGAGGAUAUUGUAAUCAAGUGGAAUAAUGUGCUAUUGAGUGUGAUUCGUGAUUUGAAGGUAUCUGCUCCAAUAGCUUCAAGACAAUUGGCUAUUCUUCACUCUGCUAUUGAUGAUUCGCUGGUUGACUGUAAGAAUUUCUCUUCAAAUUGCUCUCGUUCCACUUUAGUGUCCAUUAUUUCACAUGCUGCUAGUCGAGUAUUGAAAAGUUUAUACCCAACUCAAAUAGAUUGUUUCAAUGCUGCUUUGAAAAGUGCUUUAGAAUGCAAUGAAUGCAAAGAAGUAUCCAUUCCUUAUUUGGAAAAUAUCGGAAAGCCAGGAAUUUUGGCAGCUGACAGAAUAUUAAAAGAAAGACAAGAUGAUGGAAGUUUGGACUUUACAGAAUAUCAUUUCUCUGAUGGUUUUAUGAAUUAUCAAUCACAUGCUCCAAACUUUGUAAGAAUUCCACUACUUCCUCAUUGGUCAACUGUAAAACCAUUUGUCAUUCAAAAUGCUUCAUUGUAUGAUCAAGGACCACCUCCACCAAUUGACUCACCAAUAUUUGAAAAAGAUUACAAUGAAACUCUUCAUUUUGGAAGAGAAGAUUCGAGUGUGAGAACUCAAGAUCAAAGAAAAAUUGCGUUAUUUUGGGCUGAUGGAGCUGGAACGAGUACUUCACUCGGACAUUGGCUCAUUAUUUUACAAAACAUUAUUCGAAAUCAGAAUAUUAAGGAUACCUUUCGAAUAUCUACCUUAUUUAAAGUAUUGACAAUUACAAUGGCAGAUGCUGCAAUUGUUUGUUGGAAUCACAAGUAUAAGUACAAUGCCUUUCGUCCAAUCACAGUCAUAACUGAAAGAGAAAGCAAUGAAUGGUCACCACUCUUGUCAACUCCUGCAUUUCCUGAAUAUUCUUCAGGUCACUCAACUCUAUCUGCUGCUGCUUCGACAGUAUUGAGCUUAUUAUUUGGCUCUGACGAAAUAUCCUUUGAGAGCGUUUCUGAGGGUCUAAUUCACACCAUUCGAAAGUUCACUAAAUUAUCAGAGGCAGCCAAAGAAGCUGGCAAGUCAAGAAUUUAUGGUGGAAUUCACUUUGAAUAUGCCAAUCAAGCAGGGUUCGGUUCUGGCAUUGCCAUUGCUCAAACCGUCUUUCACAAAUUAUGCAAUUUUACCACGUGUUAA